AUGUGCUUUUACAACCAGAAACGAUUCUCCUGUGGGGAUUGGAGCUGGACUAGCUUCGCCCAUCGAUGCAAUUACGAGUACCGCACCGGCGAGACAUGCGGAAUGAAACUCGUCAACAUGACAGAGAACGAUGCUAGCAAGUGCCGCCUUUGCGAGAAAAUCGAGACCAAAUUCCGGCGGCGAAGCGCCGAGGUCGACCGGCUCGAAAGGUGGAAACGUGAGGGAGCCACUUUGGUUGCAUCAAUGGAUCGGUCCAAAGCUCUCAUCAAGGAACUGGACAAGGAGAUUUACAGCUUGCAAAUGGAACGGGAUGACCGACGCAGCACCCUUCUGAGAUAG